AUGCAACCUACUACAAGCACACCAGCAUUGUUCUCACUGUUUACCAAGCUUCCAAGCGAGCUCCGAUGUGAGAUUUGGAAACGAACCCUUCAGAACGAAGUAAGAGUGUUUUACCCAAUUCCCUACUACGAGGAUUGCAGUUUCCAGCAAGUCAGCUUCUCUCACAAAAUGCCUUCCGUUCGUCAAGUAUGUCAUGAGUCUCACCAGGUAUCCCAGACUUGCGGGAUUUUCAUCUUUGGAAGUUUCAAAACAAUCCAAAAAGCGCUCUGGUUUGGAAUCUUUAGCGACAUCAUCUAUGACCCUGAAAAUUGCCCUGAUGACGAAUGGAUUUUCAACCCUGACGAUAAUUACGACUAUGAGAGGGUCAUGGGUGUUGCUCGUAAAGUUGCUGUGGAUUGUCGUCGUGGGAUACAAGCUGAAGAUCUCCUGGCACGGGUGAUAUCUUCGUAUAACCAUUGUCAAACACUCUUCUCAGUUUUUAGUCGAUACAAUGAGCCCUCCGGCGACAUCGCCUCCUUUACAAUCCCGGAUAAUGAGAUUUUGCAGCCGGGUAUAAAGAAAGAAUAUGAGACUUGGGGUGAAAUAAAGGAGGAAAUCAUGAUCGCAUGGAGCGAUGAAGAAUUGCUCAAUGAGCUCGGUAUCACAGAGGCAAACGUCCCGAAAAUUCAGGCUGUAGGGGCUCAAUUUGUUCGUCAGGGACUCAGAGGGUGA